GAGGAGUACUCGUCAGUACUGUUCAGACCUCUUAUUUCAUUUGACGGAAUCGUGUCGAGUGGAUAUUCAUAAUAAAUUCACUGACGUGGGCUUAUAUGUGUUUAAAUUUACAUACAUACUUAUAUUGUGCUGAAGAAACAAAAAUCAGGUGUUACAUACACUCACUGAGUGGUUUGUCAAUAUACAUUUUUAGCUUCAAUUCUAAACUUUAAAUCCAUCAAUUUGUAUCGGUGCUAAAAAUAAAUUUCAAAUAAUAAAACGUUUUUAAAUUAGUGAAAUGCUCAUUGCAAUUAAACAGCAAACAAACAACCAAACGACAACAACAACAACAACAACACAAACCAAGUGAAAUGUUCUAAUCAACUCUAUAUUGGAUGGAUUAUAACUGAUUAUAUUUCUAUGAUUUUGAUUAUGAAUCAAGUGUUUUACAUCAUAACGGAGAACACUUUCCAGUGUGCACAAUAAGAAAAUACAUAACUAAACUCAGACUCGAAUUGGUAGGAUUCGGAUUGAUUUCCCCCCCAAUUAAACCAAAAGAAUUUGCUACAUUUUGCGUGGACAUUUGAUUUCAUGAUCAAUUACUUCGUAUGUCAGCCCAAGGAAUUUUAUACCCAUCGGCAAAUGAGAAAAGGUGUUUUACCGAUUUAGCUGCGGAGGCAGGCGAUAAUUUGUUAACUAACCUAAAUGAGGCGGAUUUGGUUAUGAGUUUAUCUCCAAAAGACAUACUUAUACCUCCAGCCGCUUCCCAACAUCAUCAACCAGAACCACUCACCAAAUUAACCGAGCACGAAACAUUGACACAGGACACGGUAUCAACAGCAGCCGCCGCAGCGGUUGCUCAUCACCAUCACAAUCUAUCGAGUAUCCAUCAUCUACAAAAUCUGCACAGUCAGCAUCAGAAUACGUUAUUCAAUACAAAUCAUACAACACCGUUUAGUGUUACCGAUAUAUUGAGUCCAAUCGAGGAGUCAUAUCGUAAACUGGAAUUAAACGGAAACCCACCAUCGCCUUUUCGAUCCAAUUCAAGCGGUAGUAGUAUUAAUUCCCCGGGAACACUCAGUACUUCAACCAUGGCUAAUCCAUACGCAAUGGGUUCAUUGUAUCACAGUCCCGGAGUGCAAAGCUAUUGCGGACCCACAGAUAACUUAUCAUUGGCUGGCCACUACACGGAUAUGCGAAGCUCUGCCUCGUGGUAUGGAUCAACAGCCAAUGAUCCUAGAUUUGCAAUAUCACGUCUUAUGGGAACAUCUUCAUCUUCAAUGGGACACAUGGGAAACAUGAGUGGGCUAGCCGCCUGCAGUGUGAGUGAUACCAAACCUCUGCAAUUUCCAUUGGCACAAAGGAGAAAGCGCAGAGUCUUAUUUACACAAGCUCAGGUUUAUGAGCUCGAGAGGAGAUUUAAACAACAGAGGUAUUUAUCCGCCCCUGAACGAGAACACUUGGCCAGUCUUAUACACUUGACACCGACACAGGUUAAAAUAUGGUUUCAAAAUCAUAGAUAUAAAUGCAAGCGACAAGCGAAAGAAAAAGCAAUGGCUGAACAAAAUCAACACAAUCAGUCUGCAAGCUCUCCAAGACGUGUCGCAGUUCCAGUGCUCGUGAAGGAUGGGAAACCCUGCUCUGGCAACAGCAAUGCAACGCAACCCCAGCCGCAUGUCAAUAGCUCGACAACGUCGGGCAACAACAGCAGUAACAGUAAUAGUGGCAACACAAAUAGUGGACCAACAGCCGUAUCAGCGAAUGUGACGGGCGGGCUUAAUCUUAUAACUGGAGACGCACCCAAUUCUCACUCACCUGACACAUCCUCAUCGCUGCUGGCAAGCUAUGGAACAGUCGGCGGUUCCAAUGUUGCUAUGUUACAGCAACCCUGCAAUAAUACACUUAUGUCGAAUAGUUUAGCUAUGGCAUAUAGAAACCAAAAUAAUUUUAUUUCUAAUGGGCAUCAGCAGCAGUGUGGGGGCUAUUUGCCAUUACAAGGUAGAGCUUGGUAAACAUAUCAUAAGUACAUAUAAUUACACAUUCUUUCGGUCAUGCUUCUGUGUACUCGAUUCAGUUAUUGUAUGUAUGCAAAUAAAGCUUAAAUAU